GAAUGGGCGCAGGAAGCAAAUGCAUGGGCGAACCCUCCAUGGGAACUCAUACCGGAGGCUUUUGACAAAGUCAUUAAAGAGGCAAUCAGCAUCACGAUAUUUGUACCAUACUUCCAAACCGGAUCAUCAAAUGCUGAUGGUGGAAGAUUAUACUGUGCUCCAUCGGCGAACUUGUCUUUACUAGAAGUAGACCCAAUGCUCGCAAUACGUUCCACAAUACAAGAAGGCACGACAGCAUGUGGCAAGACCCCGUGGGGCGUUACACUAGUAGCAAAAAUAGGAGUGAAGUCUUCAUGUUUUGAUUCAAAGCGGGAACAACCUGCCAUACACGGUUCAGCAUCACAAACUGUUCACUCUGGAGCUAAAACGCAUGAAACAGAAUAUGAGACAUAUGUCAACAUCAUCGAGCAAUACCACAACUUGCGACAUUACACUCCUGAGGAAACAGCAAAUAAGUUGCAAGCAGGUGUACACGACUGGCCACAAACUUAA